UUCUCCACAAUGGAUAGAGUUUAUGAAAUUCCCGAGGAGCCAAAUGUGGUUCCAGUUUCAUCUCUGGGAGAAGAUGUCAUCCGUGGACCUAAUCCACGCUUUACCUUUCCAUUUAGUAUCCUCUUCUCCACCUUUUUGUACUGUGGGGAGGCUGCAUCUGCCUUGUAUAUGGUUAGGAUUUAUCGAAAGAAUAAUGAAACCUUCUGGAUGACAUACACUUUUUCCUUCUUUAUGUUUUCAUCCAUUAUGGUUCAGUUGACCCUCAUUUUUGUCCACAGAGACCUGGCCAAAGAUAGACCACUAUCAUUAUUUAUGCAUCUAAUUCUCUUGGGACCUGUUAUCAGAUGUUUGGAGGCCAUGAUUAAGUACCUUACAAAUUGGAAGAAAGAGGGGCAAGAGGAGCCCUAUGUCAGCCUCACCUAAAAUUAGAUGCUAAUAGAUGGCCAGGAGGUGCUGAUAGAAUGGGAGGUGGGCCACUCCAUCCGGACCCUGGCUAUGCACCGUAAUGCCUACAAACGUAUGUCACAGAUUCAAGCCUUCCUGGGCUCAGUGCCCCAGCUGACCUAUCAGCUUUAUGUGACUCUGAUCUCUGCAGAGGUCCCUCUGGGUAGAGCUGUGCUAAUGGUUUUUUCCCUGAUAUCUGUCACCUAUGGCGCUACCCUCUGCAAUAUGUUGGCAAUCCAGAUCAAGUACGAUGACUACAAGAUUCGACUUGGGCCACUGGAAGUACUUUGUAUCACCAUCUGGAGGACAUUGGAGAUCACUUCUCGCCUAAUGAUUCUGGUGCUCUUCUCAGCCACCUUGAAGUUGAAGGCUGUGCCCUUCUUAGUGCUCAACUUCUUGAUCAUCCUCUUUGAGCCCUGGGUUAAGUUCUGGAGGAGUGGUGCCCAAAUGCCAAACAAUAUUGAGAAAAAUUUCAGCCGGGUUGGCACUUUGGUGGUACUGAUUUCUGUCACCAUCCUCUACGCUGGCAUCAACUUCUCUUGCUGGUCAGCCAUGCAGUUGAAGUUGGCAGACAGAGACCUUGUUGACAAAGGUCAGAACUGGGGACAUAUGGGACUGCACUACAGUGUGAGAUUGGUAGAAAAUGUGGUCAUGGUUUUGGUUUUUAAGUUCCUCGGUGUCAAAGUGUUACUGAAUUACUGCCAUUCCUUGAUUGCUGUGCAGCUUAUCAUUGCUUAUCUGAUUUCCAUUGGAUUCAUGCUCCUUUUCUUCCAGUACCUGCACCCAUUGCGCUCACUCUUCACUCAUAAUGUAGUAGACUACCUCCAUUGUGUCUGCUGCCGCAGACACCAUCGGGAAAGGGCUGAGAAUGAAGAGCCAUCACUCGAGGCUGAAACAAGACAAAGUAUUGUCUGAUUUGUUUUCUCCUGAACAGUAUAGGGUAGGUUUGGGGUUGACAUGAGCAACUGUGAAGUUAAAGGAGAGGGUGAGACUCCUGUGUGUGUAUACUCACGGGAUCUUUUUUUUUUUUUUUUUACUCUUCUAGUAAGCCUAUCAAAAGAAAGAGUGACCUCCAAAUAGGUUUUACUUCUUUAUGAUUGACUGCUAUGUUUGAGUACCAGCGCUAGUCACAGUUUAUUUAGUUCAUCUUCCUCCUAGUCAAGUCAGUUGGGAUAAUUUCUGGGUACCUCAUUCAGGCUCUAGAUUUCCAAUUUUGCUCAUUUGUUUGAUUUAUUAUCGAGUUUCCCUAGGCUGAUCUGAACUCUACCACAACACAUCUGGACUGACCAGAAGGAUGUGACAGCUUACUAGCAAUGAGCACCUCCCAGAAAAUAGUCUUGACUCUUGUGGUACCUGUACCUGUGAGAGUGGCUGGAAUAUUUUGAUUCAGUGAGAAACUGGGGCUAAGAAGGCCCUGUUAGUAAAGAAAGCUAUUCCCCCCGAUGAGUUAGCACUCCAUUAGGAUUUUACUAGUGUUCAUUUAGCAAAGACUUCUCUUUUUAGAAGCCUUUAUGGGCAUCCCUUCACAGAAACAUGUGCAGAAUAGGAUUCCUUCAGGGAAUAAAUCAGGAUGGCGUAUUAUCUCAAGGCAGGAUCUCAUGUAUCUCAGGCUGGGCUCAAAGUUACUGCGUAGCUAAGAACUAUGUAGCUUUAACUCCCCGAUCUUUCUGCUUUUACCUUCUGAGUGCUGGGACUAUAGAUGUGUGCCACUGCAUCUGAUUUAUAUGGUGCUGGGGACUGAACCCAGGCCUAGGCAAGCACCAUUCAUGCAGUGCUGAGUGUUGGACCCUGGGUCAGAUAAGCGCGUCACCAACUGAGACAUCCCUGGUCCCAAGAAUGACUCUUAAGGAACUAUGUAGGCCUCCAGCUCCAUGAAUUUUCUCACCUGGUGCCCCAUUAUUAGGGAUUCCUCCAAUACAGCUUUUCUGUCUUUGUGUUUUGUUACUUGAUGUAAACAUCGGAGACGCUAAACUGUAACUGGAAGUGUUUUUUGAAAUGUAAAAGGAAUGAAGAUUUCUUUUGUCUGCUAC